GAAUAUGGUUUACGCAAAUAAGGAAGAAGAGAAGAUAUCGUUGCUCUCCAUAAAUUGCAUCUUUUCCUUAAUCAGAUAGAAAAGUGCAAGGAAAGUUAUGAGGGUAAAGAGCUUUUCGGGCCAAGCCCAAAAUUUUACGUUCCGAAUUAAAUGCACCCAAAAAUAUCUAUUUUUUCGCCGUCAAACGAUUCUUGCUCUACUUUUCUGACAAAUUUAUGACUCUUCGACUUUAAAGUGCAGCUCUCUCUCACACACACAUACACACACCGAUGCUCACUAGUUGAGAAACCUCGCGCGUUCUCGAAUCUUUUCUUUUUUUUGUGGAGAAGUGUUGUGAUUUUUUUGCAGAUAUGUUAGAAAUUUGAAAGAGAUGCAAACAUGUCAAGCAACAUACAAAAAACAUAUGAUCGCAAUGAAUUACGUAGAAUGCUGCUUGAAAACGGUGCGGACGUGGAUUACAUGCACCAUUUGUUGAGCACAUGUCCCGAGCAGCAGAAGAGCGCGGAGUCGAAUCAAGAGCUGAGAUUAACUGAUGAAGAGCAUAAUUGCAGUUUCUCCGAUGAUGAGGAGGAGAAAAAUGAUCCUGAUUAUAUGCGUUUCAUAGCAAACUUGAAGGAGCACAACAAGGCGUACAUGAUUGAAUACGAGGAAGAUGGUUCGAGGGCUGUCAUUCCAUAUGAAGGAGUUUUGUGCUCAGACAUAGAGUGUGAUCAAGAACCUAGAGAAACACUGAGGAAACACGAGGAUGGUGGACCUUCGGAUCAGAUGCCUCGUGCAGAGACUCAAGGGGUUCUUGAUUCCGGGAGUCAGAGGGAAGAGAAUCCAAAAUCAUUGGCACUCAAAGGAGAUUCAAGUUUGGAUAGAAACCGUGGUCAGCAAUUUAGAAAAAAGUUGAGGAGUGCUCUGAAGCAAAAUGAUGAACAUUUCAAUCAGACGGAAAAACUGACUAGGAUGAAUUCACGGAGUAAGUCCACGAGUGAGGAGGAGGAUGUAGUGGUCCUGGAUCCUGUUUCUCAUCGUGUCUCCUCACAAAAUCUGAAAAGAUUAAGGGCUCAGUGGAAGAGCGAGUAUGACGAAGAUAUGAUCCAGCUCGAUCCUGAGUAUGAUAAGUUCCACCAAGGCCUCAAACUUGUCAACAACCAUUAUGUUUACAAGGAUGAGGAUAAUGAAGUAGUGUAUAACGAGAGGAAUGAAGAGCUUAUGAAAGUCAAUGAUGAUGAUGAUGAUGACUCCUGCUCUGAUCUGGAGAUCAUAGACAGCACCACGUUCUACAAGGCAAUUAAGGGCAGCAACUCACACCAUAGGGAUGAAACGGGGCUGUCUGAGUUUAGGCGCAAGGUUAUUGCUGCUCUUGAAAAACCUUUUGAUAAAGAGGAGUAUAAUAAGCUAUGGCGAGAUAUCAAACUCCACAAGCCAAAAGAGCGCCACUUAGAUCUGCGUUGUGGGAGGGAGAGACAGGUUGGAACGCAGGAAGAUGGGAAGUCCUAUCUCGAUUAUUAUCCAGCUCUGGACAGAAAGCUCCGACAAGUGCAAGGCGACCGGCCAAAACGUUUAAACCUUCUACGAGGAUUCUUCUUAUGGAUAAAGGUCAGUAGCUCGUCAGAUUUUUGUGCUCUUAAAGGCUUUCAUCUAGUCACAUUCUUCACAUUUUCUUCUAUUGCGCGUGGUAGAAACUGCAAUGCAUGCAGAAACAGUGAAAUAAUUUACUCUUGAAAGAUAUGCUUUGAAUGAACACAUCUUGAGGCGAUGAAUCAACGAGAGCCACUGUAUAUUUGGUUUCACCUUUGACAGAUUGUGUUAACCUCUUUUGGUCUAAUUUUCUGAUAAAAUUUCUGUUGAUUACCGGAAUUUGCAGCAGCCGGAGGAAUUCUUCCCUUGGCUAGAUGACGAAUGCCUCGCUGUGUGUCCGAGGUCCCGCUGAGAUGGUAAAGAUCUGAGUCUUGUUUUACAUUUUUGAUGAUGCAGAAUGUUUGGUUGCUAGGCAUUUGUAAUUUUUUUUGCUAUGUUAGCCUUCGAUUUCCAUUUUUUUAACGUGGAUGAUGAUUAUAGUAUCAUUAUCAACAUAUUUCUAUCUGAUAAAAUUUCAUAUUUCUAAA